UUCCGGAAGUGACGUUGGAAGCCGGGCGGCUGAGCGCGGUGUAAGUAGAGGUGACCUGGUGCCGAGGGCCGGUACGGGGCAGUGGGAGUUCCCGGUGGGUCUAAGCCACGCUUGUGCCCUCCUUCCUCAGAGCCGCCGCCACCAUGGGCCGCGAGUUUGGGAAGCUGGUGCGGAUGCGGCACGUGAUCUCCUACAGCUUGUCACCCUUUGAGCAGCGCGCCUUCCCAAACUACUUCAGCAAAGGCAUCCCCAACGUGCUGCGCCGCACUCGCGAGCGCGUCCUGCGCGUGGCUCCGCCAUUUGUAGCAUUUUAUCUGAUCUACACAUGGGGGAACCAGGAGUUUGAACAGUCCAAAAGGAAGAAUCCAGCCAUGUACGAAAAUGACAAGUGAGCAGCAAUGCAUCUGGAUGCCAGUUCCCUGCCUUUGAAAGACCCUUCUCUGGGAGAGGAAUCUACAUUGUAGUGUCUUGAAGACACAAUAAACUACUUAUGGGCUUUCC